AGUGACUGGCUGGGCUAGCUGACUGGAUAUUUUAUAUUUUUCUAAAAAAAACAUUUUUUUCUUUCUCCUUUUUUCUUUGUUUCCAUUCUCUUAUAUUAAAAAUGUCUACUUCACAAGCAUCCCCCGAUAAGUAUACCCAGGUUAGAGAGGAUAUCGCUAAAGCUUUUCCCAAUGAGGAAUACGAUGAUGGGUCUUUUGCUCCCGUUGUCCUCCGUUUAGCAUGGCACGCCAGUGGAACCUAUGAUGGUCAACAUAAGAACGGUGGUAGUGAUGGUGCUACUAUGCGUCAUCAAGCUGAAGCUUCUGACCCUGCCAAUGCUGGUUUGGAUCAUGCCAGAAACUUCCUCGAUCCUAUCAAGGCCAAGCACACCUGGAUCUCCCAUGCCGAUUUAUGGACCCUUGCUGGUUGUGUUGCCGUUGAGCAUAUGGGUGGCCCUCAUAUUGAUUGGACCGGUGGACGUCGUGAUAAGGCCAAUGAAGUCGAUUGUCCUCCUCAAGGUCGUCUUCCUGACGCUGCAUUGGGUAAGGACCAUGUGCUUGAUGUGUUUGUUUCUCGUAUGGGAUUCUCCGUGCAAGAAACCGUUGCUUUGAUUGGUGCACACACUGUUGGUCGUUGUCACGCCGAUCGUUCUGGCUUUGACGGUCCCUGGACCUACAACCCUACCCGUUUCUCCAACCAAUUCUACAAGCUCUUGUUGAACGUGACAUGGGUUGAAAAGAAGUGGGAUGGACCCAAGCAAUUUGUGGAUGAAGAUGAGGGAGAGAUCAUGAUGUUGCCUACCGAUAUGGCACUUUUGGAAGAACCUUUCCGUCAAUAUGUCGAAAUCUACGCCAAGGAUCAACAAAAGUUCUUUGAUGACUUUGCUUCUGCUUUCCUCACCUUGAUCGAAUUAGGUAUGACCAAGAGAGGAAAGUUGUAAAUUAUUACCACCCCUACUACCAUUUAGAACAAUAAAUUUUUCAUUUUUGAUUGUAUAAACACAAACAUAUGCACUCUUGUGUUAUCAUGUGGAAUUCCCAGGACCUUCAAAAGAUAAGACAUAAUUGACAUUGGACAAAAUCCAUAUAAGGUUUAGCCUGUCCCAGAGCACAAAUGCGCACUGUGAAACAUCCCCCCCCCAAAUAAUGCUGCUGCUGCGGUUAAGUGGCAUAAGUACCCAUAGAAACCGUUUGUUUUUU